UAUUUAUAAGGAGAGGACGCUCGCUGAAGGAGAGGCCGAUCGAUCAGGAUCGGUUUGAAGUUGUUUUGAAAGGGCAGGGGGGGCAGGAGGAGGAAAGAAAAAGGAGGCGGGCGGACAGGCAGUCACUAACAGCAGCAGCAGGCUUCGGUGAUUGUGUGUGGAAGCUCGGGCUGUGAUGGUUCCCCAGGCUGCUCCCCGUUCCCGCCGCCCGGCCUCUUCGUGUCGCUGCGCCCCGCGCUCGCUCUGCUUCCACCCGCGGCACUUCAUCACCAUCGCUCCCAUCACCAGCAGCAGCAGCUCGAGAGCGGCGGCCACCGCCUUAACCAGCAGAGACGGCGCUUCGAGACGACCCGCCUCCGUCUGAAGAGAGCCCGAGGACACAGUGUGUGUGUGUGUGAGAGGGAGAGGGAGAGAGAGAGAGAGACAGAGACCCGACCGACCCAUUCCGGUGUGGUGGCGGGGGGGGAAGACCCGGCCCAUCCAGGCCAGGCCACAGCAACCCUUCAGGGCCCGCCAGCAUUGUCACAGGAGGCUUUAAUCUGAAGUUACGACGUCCUGAGAAGCAGCUUUUCAUAGGUUUUCAGAGCAGCUGGAAGAUCAGAAAGCAACUGCUGCUCCAGCAGUGGACUGGAGACAGGGCGGGAGAAGGUGGGAAGCAAUGGUUCAAAUGAGUGCAUUCCUGAAGCCUCCAACAGCCAAAUCAGAAGAGCCUUGGAUGUUUUAAUGUAACUAGCAGAAUAGAUGAGGGAGAAACCAGUUGGUGUGGUGUUUUUUGGAUCUUCAAAGCUUUCAUAAGGUCUCACACAGGAGCAUCAAGAAUUGGAGUCUCGUUUCACAGACCCACAAGUGGAGUAAAUCAAGUCUUCCAAGAUGAAGCUGUUGGAAAAUACAAGCUUCGAGGCAAUGAACUCCCAGCUUACCAUAGAGACUGGUGACUCUCGCAUUAUAGGGCGGAUAGAGAGUUAUUCCUGCAAAAUGGCAGGAGACGAUAAGCAGAUGUUUAAGCAGUUCUGUCAAGAGGGACAGCCCCAUGUCCUGGAAGCCCUUUCCCCACCUCAGACUACUGGAAUUAGCCCAAACAGGUUGAGUAAGAGCCAGAGUGGAGAUGAAGGAGAGGGACCACUCUGUGACAAGUGUAGCCGCAAGACACUCUUCUACCUGAUUGCUACACUCAAUGCAUCGUUCCGCCCAGAUUAUGACUUCAGCACAGCUAAAAGCCAUGAGUUCAGCAAAGAGCCCAGUUUGAACUGGGUGGUGAAUGCUGUGAACACCAGCUUGUUUUCUGCUGUUGGAGAGGAGUUUAACAAACUGAAACCUCAGCUUUGGGAUGCUGUUGAUGAAGAGAUCUGUCUGUCAGAAUGUGACAUCUACAGCUACAAUCCAGAUUUGGACUCUGACCCAUAUGGUGAGGAGGGUAGCCUUUGGUCUUUUAACUAUUUCUUCUAUAACAAGAAACUGAAAAGGAUAGUGUUCUUCACGUGCCGUUCUGUCAGUGGGUAUUUAUACAGUCAGGGCACUGAGAUCAGCAACAACUUUGACAUGGAUCUGGAAGAUGAGGUCCUCCUCAGUCAGGAUGAAGAUGAAGAAGAUGAAGAAGCAGAAGCUAUAGAAGAGACCAGGUACCAGGCAGUGUGUGUCUAAACAGUGAGCACAUCAUCCACUCUUCAUCUCUGCUUCCUAUAACUUCCAAAUUGACUGCAGUUGUGUGAAGCUGAAGAACCAACACUUUCCUCAUUUUUUAAUCUCAGGCAUUAAAACUUUUUUUGACUUUGGUGCAGACCUGUUAGCAGAUUCCUAGUUCUGAGAGGAUUGCACCAGGAACUGUCGGGAGGUCUUUGGUUUGAAAAUGCCUGCCUCCAGUCCCUUGACCCAGGAUUACCAGAGUGGAUUACCUGUUCUUUUAACUCCAUUGCUGACAUUAUCUCUUGUUAUAUACAUUAUGCAGCAUGUUUAAGAAGCCGAGUGAACAAGCUCUUGUCUUCUGCAAGCAGAAAGGAUGAACAGACCAAUGUAUUCCAUGGAUCAGGGUCAGCUUUGCACUCAGCUGUUGUUACAGAUCUGACUUUUUUGGACACCACUGAAUUCUGAAAAUCAGCACACCGUCGACUUCCUGGUGAUUCCCACAAGCACCCCCUCCCUGAGCACUUGGCAAUCUGUGCUGCUGGUUUUUAGCUGGUGUAUAUAGGUGUCUGAUUGCAACAGACUAGAUCAGGUUUCACACCCCAAGGACAGCGGACUAAUCUUCACCUUGUUUUGCUUUUGAAGUGGUUGUGCUCUCUGCUCCCAUGUGAAGCUUUUUAACCCUCCCUUGCCCCACUUUGAAGGGAGACUAAGGCUUUUCUGAUGGCUUUCUUUAUUCAGCAGGCUAGGUGACUGAUUUUUGCUGUGUAACAUGGCAGAGCCUCUACUCAUUCUGUGAAGCCCUUUUUCAAGUUUUUUUUUGGUUUUUCAAAAAAAUAAAUAUUGUUUGUAAACGCUUAAAUCCUUUUUGAGUAUAUUACCAAUAUAUUUUUUAUUUUUGCAACAAUUAAGGAAAAUCUUUGGUUUGGAAGAAGAAUCUGAGUUGCAGUUGAGGGCUGGGUCUUGCAACCUGUAUUGAAGUUCAGCCUGCCAUACGAGCUGAGGGAGUGUGUUUCCACUGGUGUCACCAGGCUAACUAUUUCCAAAUUGGCUCAGAGCACUUGCAUAGUGAAUCCCCAUUUUUCAUUUUAGGCUGUUGCCCUGAUUUGGAUCUUGCUGUACCCAUGCUGUUUGACCAUUAUCAGUUGUCACCCCUUAAGGAUGCAUUAAUUCCAGAUCUUUAGCUUUCCCAGCCUCUCUUGUGCCCAGUGUGAUGUCUUGGCUGUACUGUAACAUAAUCCAGUUUGCAGUCUGUUUGACUGGGUUUAAUGCAAGCUAGAAUUAACAGUCAUCUCUGACUGUACUAUUCAAAUACAGUGAGGGUGGAGUUUCAGGAUAGAACGAUAACAGGAAACAUGCUAUUGAUAUGUUCAAAUUUGAAACAUUAUUGUUCUGGAUAGAGGGAGCAUGAGUAGGAGUGGCUCAGUUUCACUUAGUUCCCCUUUUCAGCAUUGGGAGAUACAACCUUUAGUUAGUCUAGAUUUAAAUAGAAGCUUGUUUGUUCUUUGUACACUGCCCACCCUUCCUACCUGAAAUUGUAUGCCAUAUUUGAGUGGCCUUUGUAACAAACUGAAGUAUUGGGCAAUAAAAGAACACCGAAUGCAAAUAGGAGUAGAUCAUAUGGCCUCUCAAGCCUGCUCUGCCAUUCGAUGCAAUCAUGGUUAAUCAUCUGCCUUAACUCCAAUUUCCCACCUACUCCCAUAUUCCUUGGUUCUCCGAUCAAAAAUUUGUCUAUCUCAGCCUUGAAUAUACUCAACGAUGAAACAUCCAUAAUCCUCUGCAAUAAAGAAUUCCAAAGAUUUGCAAUUGGCCACUGGUUGGUGGGCUGAGCAGGUGACAGCUAUCCGGGUAGGAGUCAGAUUGCAUUUCCCAUAGUAUAUCUAGGUAUACCUGUAAUGUGCAUCACAUAGCAAAGUGAAUACAUAGGUUAUUUGCAAGUGGUCCCUCUGCAAACUGAGUUUAUUAAACUUAGAAUCUGAAUACAGUCAGAAAAUGUGCCUGGCUGACUGGUAUAAUUUACCAGUCAGUAAAUAAUGAGCUUACCAUUUGACUUGAUGGUGCUCUACUCUUUGCUCUCCCCUUUUCCUCUGCUACUUCACCUGCCUGAGGUUUUGCUGAGAUUAAGAAACUGGGAAGCCUGCAUCCCAGAUACACACAACUGAAACCAUCUUCAGCUGCUUGUAGCUGAUUUGGAAAAUUUGCACUUUUCUUUUUGUAUGCCUGUUUCACAGGACUCAUUUCUACAAGACUGUCAGGAUCCUGGGUGCUCUGUUAAUAGAAUAGCACCAUGGAAAGUAGAGGCAGCACCUUGACAUGAAGUGUCAGAGUUGGGCUUGUUUAAUAUAUUUUAAAAAUUAAUCACCAGCAUCAUUAAGCAUGUCCAUUAUGGCAUCUUUCCAUUGGGGCAAAGGAAAUGAGGACUAGAUGCUGCACAUGGGUUUGAUUAAUCUUCAUGAAUGACUCUGGUGUUUGUGUAAAGCAAUGUGUUUGAUUCUUGUGCAGUGCACAGUUCUCCCUAAUGUGAGCUGACGUUUGUAAACCAAAAGUAUAUCGGGUUGCGAUGCUUGUAAUAUUUUUAUUUUUGUGUAUACUAGGGUUCAUUCUGUCAGAGCUAGUCCAUAGGAAUUGCUAGAUAAAAUAACACUGCAGUCCAUCUAGUUCACCACCCUCCAUCCUGGUAGUUACAUGAUGCAACAAUAAUGGAGUUGCUCACUAGCCUGAGCAGUCAAUUUCUUAUCAAUGUGUGUACAACAGACCCAGACAUGAGGCGAGGAAAGCCUGUUACCUGUGCUCCCAAGCAUUCUACGCUCAGCACACAUCCUGAGGUGGGCAGUGAAUCGGAGGGGGCCACAGUUUCAAGAAAAGGUUCUGCUGCAUUACUCUUUUGGGUAACCCUGGACACUUGCUGCAUUAUUGCACCAUCUUAAUGUGGUUUUUGAACCUUAAAAGAACUUUAACCUGAUUAGCAGAUUAUCUGACAGAUUGAUUUUUAAAUUUUAACAGAGCUCUGGUGCCUCAUUCUGGAAGAGUGAAUGCAAGAAUACAAAUAUAAACUCUCAACAGUUUCAUGUAGUUUGCAGAAUCACCUUUUCUCUAAUUGCCACCCAAAGGGGUUGGCCUUGAUUUAGUUGGUAAAGUCUCUUGCUGCUGAGUCAGAAGGUUGUGGGCCCAAGCCUCACUCCAGGCUGACCUGCUAUUUGGGGUUUACAAGAGUGGAGGAGGCUGUUUGGCUCAAUUUGAUUAAAUCCACCCCUGAAAAUGAACCAUUGCUGGUACCUGAUUCUUAAGUGAGUCCAGCAUCCCAGCUGCUCCUUGCAAUCUGUUCUAGUUGUUGCCGAUUGAUCAGUCCUUUCAGGGUAUAUGGUUCCUUCCCCCAUAGCAUAAGGCCCAGAUCAUCUAUUGAUCUCCAGCACACCAGUGUUGCAAUCUCAGCUGGUUCUAGUAAGAUGCUAGAAUACAGGCUUUAUAUUUGCAAGGAAAAGGGGGUUUCUUGGAGGUUCAUUCCCAGAAUUAGUUGCUGUCUCUUGCAAGUAUUAAUUUACUUCAGUAUCAACAGUUGCAAUGGGAACAAGCUACAGGCAGAUUUGGGUCCUUUGAGACUUUUUAAAAAUGAGAACUAAAAACUCUUGCUUUCCUACACAGACUGCAACCCUGCCUGCCUUGGAAAACCCAGUGACCACCUGUUUGACCAUUUUGGGUGACAAAAGGGUCACGUGGCCAGUAUUAAAACAACUGACCAAUAGAUCGAAUCAUCAGCUCUACAGUUGUCUUCACUGAGUAGGUACAUUGGUUCCAGCACAGUCGGCAGCAUCACAACCAGUGGGCUUUAGAUGUACAAUUAAAGACUUUCAUGUAAGUUUAAAAUUUAAGAGGUUUGCAAGCAAAAGUAGAGAAACCUUCUGCUGACAGGAUGGUUGGUAACCACAAAACAGAUAUAUAAUUGGCAUAAAAAGCUGGGAGUUUGCUAUCUGGAAUUUAUUACCUGAAAGAGUGGUGAAAGCAGAUUCAGAUCUCUAAGGAAACAUUUGUAGUGUAGUAGGACCAAUUGAUAGCUUUUUAUUUGAGCUGCACAGGCUUGAUGGGCCGAAUAGUCUCUUUCUGUUCUCUAAUCCCAUGGUGAGUGAGUUCAAAUCAUAGUCUGACUGUCUAUCUGAAUCCUGUCAUCUUUGAUGGACAGUAAGUAACUACGAUGCACUAACUCUCAUUAAAAAGGAUGGAAGAUUGAUUCAGAGUUUCUUUAUUGCACUGAUUAUUUAAGGGCUGUGUCACUUCCUGCAUACAUAUAACUUUUCUUUAAUAUAUCCUGUGUUGGUGUUAACUUUCCAUGUUUUACUCUGGUCUUAAUAUCUUUUCACAAUAAAUAAAACCUGCUUUGCUUGCCAAAA